AUGAGCUCUAUUAAUAAUGAUAAUAAAAUGGAUACUGAAACAAGUAAAUUAGAAGGUGAAGAGAACAAGAGUAGUAAUCGUUGGGCAGAUAUGUGCGAAGAUUGUGAUGCCCCUUUAGAUGUUAAUAAUUAUAGUAUCUGCUACGAAAUAUAUAUUCGCAAUUUGCACAUUGAUAUAACAAAGGAGGAAAUUUAUAAAAUGUUUGAAGGUUAUCGUAUAAAGAGAAUUAAUAUAUUGAACAAAAAAGGUAAAACUGCAGCAGCGUAUGUAGAAUUCGAUAACCCAGAAGAUAUGAGCAGAUCAUUAGAAUUAAAUGGAAAAAUGAUUUAUUCAGGAAAUAAUUCAUAUGAACAUGGUACUAUAUCAGUAAUAAUCAACAAAGAUAAAAUGAAAAAUUUUCAUAUGAAUCAGAAACAAAAUAAAUUUAAAAAAAUAGUUAGCAGAAAUAAUAAUUUUUCAAAUGUUCGACCAGGAAAUAAUAAUAUGAAUAAUAUUACGAAUACUUAUAAUAAUAACAGUAGCAAUAAUAACAAUAAUAGUAAUAAUAACAUUAAUAAUAUGUUUAAUAUGAAUAAUGUUUAUUACAAUGAUAAUAAUAAAAAUAUUAAAAUGGAUAUAAAAAAUAAUGCUAUGAAUAACAUGAAUCAAAAUUAUAAUUAUAAUAUGAAAAUGAAUUAUGUAAAUAAUCAACAGGGUGGUAAUAUGCAUAUGAAUCAACAAAAUAAUAAUCCUCAUGUUUUAAAUGAUAAGAUGAAUUCUAAUUCAAAUUUCAAUUUUAAAAAUGUUAAUUUUCAAAAUAAUAAUAAUCAUAUAAAUAAAAAUCCUAUUUCUGAGAAUACUGUUGCAAAUUCUUCUACAACGGCAAAUGGAGCAGAACAAAGGAAAAAAUUAAUUUUGAAAAAAAGAACUGUACCAUUAGAUCAAAAAAGUUAUGUUAUUAAUCCUAGUAUUUUUGGUGAAGCGAAACCAGUUGAUACUGACCCAGAUAAAAUAUUAAAUGAAAGUUUAGCUAAGGAAAAGGAAAAAGAAAACAGUUCAGAAGAAAAUGAAAAAAAAGUAGAACAAGAAGAAAAUGAAAAAAAAAAUCAGGAAGUCAAUGAAAAACAAAAAAAAAUGAGUAACAUGAACGAUUUCAACAAAGAUAACAAAAAUCUAAAUGGUGUUAAUAAAAAUGUAUUUAGUUAUAAAAAGGGUCUAAACACAAGUAGAAGCUUUAAUUAUAAUAAUUACCAAAAUAAUGUUAAGAAUAAUUCUACUAAAAAAAUUUUUAUGAUGAAUAAAAAUAACUCUAAUAUUAAUAUCAAAAAGAACCUUAACAGUGCAGAUAAUAAUACACCUACAAAUAAAAACGUAAACAAUAUUAGCAAUAAUAAUCCAAAUAAUAAUGUGAGUGAUAUAAGUGCGAAUAAGAUGAAUAUUAAUAAAAAUUUUAAAAACACCGAUAAUAAUAUGAAUGCAAAUUACAAUAACGUAAAAAAUGCUAACACAGAAGUAAAUAAAAAAAAUAUAAAUUUAACUGUUAUUCAUAAUCAUAUAUACGAAAAUAAAUUAUAUAGUGCAAAUGCAGAGAAUGAAACUGAUAAGACUCAAGAUAUAAAGAAUACUAGUUGCACCAACAUCCAUAAUAAUGAUUGUAAUGACGGCUGUGGAAACUUUCGAAAUAAUAAUGAAAAAAUAGAAAAAAGGAAUCUUGAACAUCUUUCAGGUAAACAAAAAGAUUCUAGUAUAAUCAAGAAAGACGACAAAGCAAAUAUCAAGAAUAUUAUAAUGAAAAAUAUCAAACGCGAAGAUGGAAAUAAUUGCAGUAAUAAUAAGAAUAUAGUAUCUAGUAAUAAUACCUAUAAUAAUGAUCAGAAUUAUUGCAGUAAUAAUGAAGUUACCUCUAAUAUGAGAAGUACAAAGAGCAAUGUAGAACCAAAUAUGGAUAAUGAAAUGAAAAAAGAAAAUAUAAACUCUAAAGAAAAAAACGAAAAUAAUUUAAGAAAAAAUGAAAUAUAUGAUAAGAUCAAUAGGAAUAUAAACUCAAGAAAUGAAAGUUAUAAUAAUAAUUCUUAUAAUUACAAUAUCGAAAAUUUAUAUGACAAUUCCUUAAAAUAUGUAAAAAAUGCUAAUAAUUCAAACAAAGCAAAAAAAGUUACACCUAUUAAAACAGUUAAAGUAAUAGCAACAGAAAAAAAAAAUGAAGAUGAAAAUAGUUCUGAAGAAAAUAAAGAAAAAACAAAUAAAGAUGAUAAUAACAAUGAUGAUACUGAAGAUAAUAAUGAAAAGAAUGCAAAAGAAGAAAAAAAUUUAGAUGAAAAAAAAUUUGAGAAUAAUAAUGAAUCAGAGAGAAGUAAUGAUAACUAUACAUAUGAAACAGAAAGCUCAGAAAAUAAAGAUAUAACGAGCACCAAUUUAAAAUCAACUUUAUUGCAUGUAAAAACUAAAAAAAAAAUAAAAAAGAAAAACGUAGAUGAAAAUGAACAAACAGGAAAUAAUACAAAUGAUAAUAAUGCGGAUAACCAAACUUCACAAAAUGGAAAUGCACAAAUAACAAAUAAAAGUCAAAAGAUAGACAUUUUAGUUAAACCUAAUUUAAAGAAGGGAGAAAAUAUAUGGGAAGCAAGAACUCAUUUGUUAGUAGAACAGAAAGAAAGUAGUGAAAAAAAUGAAAAAGGUUCUCAUUAUAGUUCUAGAAGAAGUCGUUCUCAUUCAAAUAAAGUAAGUAGAGGAAGUAGUCGUAGAAGAGACAGCAGUAGGAGAAGAGAUGAAAGCAGAAGAAGAGACAGAUAUAGUAGACGAUAUGAUAGAAGAUCUGAUAGAAAAGACGAUAGUAGAAGAGAUGAAAGAAGAGAUGAAAGCAGAAGAGAAAGUAGCAGAAGAGAUAAUAAUAGGAGAGAUGAAAGUAGACGAAAUGACAGAAGAGAUGACAGCAGAAGAGAUGAAAGUAGAAGAGAUGAUAGAAAAGAUGAAAGAAAAGAUGGCAGUAUAAAAAAAGACGAUUAUAAAAGAAGAGAAGAUUCAAAGAGAGAAGAAAAGGGAAGUUCUUAUGAGUACAGAAAACAUAGAAAUUAUGAGAAACAUAAUAGUAGUAGAAGUAAUUACGAUAGAAAAAGAAAUAGUAGAUAUAGCAUAUUAGAAAAAAAAAAUUAUGACAAUAAAAGUUACAUUUCAGAUGAAAAAAGAAAGCAUAAAGACUCCUAUGAUAAAAAUAAUUACAAAGAUUCAUACGAUAAAAGCUAUAGAAAUUCCCAUGAUAGGUUAAGUUAUAAAGACAAUUAUGAAAAAAACAAUAAGGAUAAUUAUAAAGAUAGUUAUGAUAGAAAUAAUUAUAUGGAUUACGACAAAAUGGAUAAUAAAUAUUUUUCAAAUAAUUACAGUUCCAUGAGGCAUAAAAGCUAUAAGCAUCAUAAUUCUCAUUCUAAAAUGAAUAAUUAUAAUUAUUCCAAUAAUUAUAAACCAUCCAAUUAUUAUAAAUAUUCAUCUAAAGGUAAUUAUUCUAAAGAUGUUAAAAAUUCAUCAAAACAAAAUGAUAAGGAAAAAACAGAAACAAAAUCAGAAAUUCAAGCAAUUCCUAAAAAAGCUAUAGUUACGGCUGUUAAAACUAAUAACGUAUCUAUUAAAAAGAAUAGAUAUGAAUGUUUAGGAGAAGGGGAUGAAAGUGAUAAGUAA